AUGGGUACGGUGAUGAUGAUGCACACUCUACUCGUUCACGAGGCAGAAUACCACGACCAUCAACCAUUGUACGGCGACCAUCCACCAUCGGCACUCUCUCACCUCGUACCCGAUCUCCCAUCGACCAAAGCCGUCGACAGUCAAUGCGACCAGACAACCUCUAUGUCUACGGGUCAGAUCAUCACCGAAGAGAUUCCGUACGAUCAAGACCAAGGCGGGAACCACACCACCACGUGCACACAACCCUUCCACUACCCCAACUACACCGACGACGACGAGCGGGAAGACACCUACCACAGAAACAACAAUAACAACAGUAACAACCCCCGUCGCUACCACCGCCGUCGCGCAUACUCCAACCCCCCUAUUCCUUCCCGUCACCCUCACCGUACCCAAUCCCGCCGCCGCCCCUCCCUCUCCUCAACCCUCAACUUCACAAAAGACCUCAAAGACCUCAAAUACUCCCCCAAAGCCGCCUCCCUCCUCAAAGCCGCCUCGCGCGCCCUCGAAGCUGGCGCCGCCACCGCCCUCAAGCUGCGCAAGGACUCACCCUCCACUCCCCUCUUUUCCGCGGCCUCCGGCUCGAAAAUCGCCGCAGCAGCGCUCGGCGCCGCGGUCGUGGACGGACUGAUGGAGCAUGAACAUCAGCGACAUCCGAAGCUAAUGCGGAAGGGGGGACUGAGACAUCAGAUGGUUAAGCAGGUGGUGCAGAGGGGGGUGGCGGGGUUGGUGGGAGGGAUGAUUGAGGAAGGGUUGACUGGUGGUGGUGGUGGUGACUGUGGUGGUGACCGUGGGAAGGAGGAAGAAGGGAAAAAAGGGAGGCGCCCCGGGAAGAAGGAAAGUGUCAAGAGGGUUGUUAAGGGGGCGGUUAUGGAUUAUGAGAAGUGGGAAAAGGGGAAGGGCGGCGAUGAUGGUGGUGGUAACGGAAGUGGGAAGGAGGAGAAGGGGGGAAGGGGGAGGAGGGGCAGUGAGAGGGAGAGGGAGAGGGAAAGGGAAAGAGAUACUGAUGGAGAGGGAAGAAGAAGGGAAAGAAAGAGGGAGAGAGAGAGGGAGAGGGGAAGGGAGGGAAGUUCCAACCUUAGCACCGAGCCUGGCAUGUGA